AUGAGACCAGAUUACAUGGGUGUUAUGUUCUUGACGAGCGCUGUCGUGUCGUUCAACGCCGGAAUGUGGCAAAUCUUUCGCCGAAAUGAGAAAAGAAGGCUAUUGGAGAACCACAAAAAUUUGUUAAAGCCAGCUCUACAUGAAGUCCCACCGGACGAUGUACCCAUUGAUGAGUUUGAAUUUCGUCGUGGGGACUUUGAGGGUACAUUUGAUAAUGAGGGUUCCGUACUUGUAGGACCGCGUGCACUUCCCUCAUUUAAAGGCGCAGCCACCAACGACGAAAGUAAAGGCGGUUUUUUUGUUAUGACCCCUUUUGAAGUGGCUAACACGAAGCAGUUCAUAAUGGUGAACCGCGGGUGGGUUCCCAUUGACGCAGGCAAGCACCGCACGUUGUUGAUGCAGUACAUUGGAGAGGGUUUCGCACCGGGCUCCGUGCGGGGAAUCUUCCGCCGUGAGGAGUUUCUCGGUGGAUCACUUUUCUGGGGAUCAAACGAGGACAACGAGGGACCUGUGGCCGCCGAUCUUUCCUGGCUUGUGCUGCGCCCAUGGAACAUGGCGUUGGAUUACUACAAGCGACGGUGGGGACCGCGCAACCUUGAGGACUCUGUCGCCCAGCACGGCGCACACCACUUUUAUCUGGAGAUGCUGGAGGACUACUCUGGCGACGACCAGCGGAUGGUGCGUGGGCACGCGUGGCCAUGGCGACGAAGUACGGAGGAAGUGACGUACGUGCAUCUGCUGCCGGUUGUGCACACCAUGUAUGUCUUCUUCUGGUUCUCUGUGACGAUUGGGUCACUUUAUGGUAUGGGCAGAUGCUAUCAGCGGCAGAAGGAGCUUUUCCGUUUGCGAAAACAAAUGACCGCACGGACAACGAUGCUGGAGCGGAAACGUCAGGAAGAAGCACAGGCGUACUUGAAGGCCAUGGAAGAUGUGGAGCGACUGAAGAAGUUGGGUGGAGCAUCUGCUGCACAAUUAGGGACACAGCAAUCAGAAAGCAAUGAAACAAAAACAAAGUCGUAA